AUGUCUUCCCGGCUCGACCCCACCACCCUCGAUCUGUCCACAAAGAGCAUCCCCGCGCGCGAGUCUCGGGGCACGUAUCUGAGCUCAACAGUCACUCGAGCCCCCGCCACCGAAGCAUGGAACGCCGUGGUUAACACCGGCACCUGGUCGACCUGGAACACCUUCUGCCCCGGAGCUACCAUCCGCGCGCAGCCUGACCAGAGACAGUCAACGCGGCUUCAGCUCGGCACGAAGAUGACCAUCCAUCUCAACUGGAACCCCCGGGGACCCAAGACCAAGCCGGCAGAUGUGGCCCUGGUGGUGACCGAGUUCGACCCGCCCAAGGACGGGCGACAGACACCUGCUCGCAUCGCGUGGGCGACCGAUCCCUCGGGCAAGGGCUUGCCCGCGUGGCUGUUGUAUGCAGAGCGCGUGCAUGAAUUCCAUGAAUUUAUGGAGGAGUCGGCAAACGGGGAACCGAAAGGGAACGGGCAUCAGCGAGUCACGCAGGUGGUGUCGUGGGAGUCGCAGCGGGGGCUGCUGGCGUAUGUGGUCAAAUGGUUCAUGGGGAAGAAGUUCCGGGCGUGUCUGCAGCUGCAGGCUGAGGAUUUGACGUCUUUCGUCGAGAAAGGGAGAGAGAGUAAGGGUGAACGAUGA